AUGGAGAAAAGUGAAAUUGCUCGUCCCAUUAGUACAAUUCUUGAUGGUUCUAAUUAUAUUACAUGGGCCAAUCAAAUGAAAAGUUUCUUAAUUGGACGUAAAUUAUGGCGUAUUGUCACGGGUGAUAUUGCCAAACCGACCAAACAAGACAAGGAAGAUGAUGGAAAAUUUAUCGAACGCCUUGAAGAAUGGGACAGCAAAAAUCAUCAGAUUAUCACCUGGCUUAGUAACACAACAAUUCCUGCUAUCCAUACACAAUUUGAUGCUUUUGAAAGUGCUAAAGAGUUAUGGGAUUUUCUUUUUACACGAUUUAAGUCCGUCGGAUUAGCGCAUUACUAUCAGUUGCACAAUAAUCUUGUUAAUCUUAAUCAAGAAGCUGGACAAUCCGUCAAUGAGUAUCUAGCCGUGCUUCAACCUAUCUGGACUCAACUUGAUCAAGCUAACAUCAGUAAAGAUCAUCUUCGUCUUAUUAAAGUCCUUAUGGGACUUCGUCCAGAAUAUGAAUCUGUUAGGGCUGCCUUGUUGCACCGCAGUCCCUUGCCCUCAUUGGAUGCUGCUAUCCAAGAAAUAUUAUUUGAAGAAAAACGUCUUGGCAUCAAUCUCUCUAAACAUUCGGAUGUUGUUCUUGCCAGCACUUAUUCACCACCUGGAGCAUCAAGCACAUUUUGUAAGAAUUGUAAGCUCACUGGUCAUAAAUUUAUUGAUUGUCCUAAAAUAGAAUGCAGGUACUGCCAUAAACCAGGUCAUAUUCUGGAUAAUUGUCCCAUAAAACCACCUCGACCUCGAAGUUAUUCUACAAGAGCAAAGAACUUCACUAAACCCAGGAACUCUUCUGUUGUUGCUGCUACUUUAGACAAUCCUACCACACCCUAG